CCAACUUCUCCUUAGCCACUUUCUUUCUAUUUUCCAUCUCCUUUUUUUUUGUUUGGCAUUUCCUUGCUCUGUUGUUUUGUUUUUUUCUUAUUCUUGUCUCCGUAAUUGUUACUCCGGCUCGUUUCAUUUUUCUAUUUCCUUGUUGUACGACAUAUCGGUUUCCAUAGAGCGAGAGCCAUACCUUCGCUAUUCCUUCUUUUCUGCUUUAGCGUGUUGAGCCAUGUUGAGAUGCUGGUCGUCUCUCCUCUAAUACCGGAUCUUUCUUUAGAUGUUUCCUAAUAGAAUGUCUAGGGGGCUCCCUUCGUACAUGCUACUGUUGUUCAUCGCACUCAUUUAUACUGUAACAGCGGCACCCCUCAACUCAGCAGGAGGCCUCGAUUCUUUUGUUCCUAGUUGUGCGAUUCAGUGUUUCGAUUCAUUCCUUAAUAUCAGCUAUGGAGACCACACUGCGAGAACAUUGGCAGAGCUUUGCCCACUCAUUGGAGCAUAUGGAUUCACAAUCGGAGAGGCGGCCGUCCAGUGUCUUGUCGCGGAGCGGGCAGCAGGUGCUUGUUCUAAUCAGGUCGCAAACAACGCGGUGAUUGAUAAAGCCUACUACAUGUGUUUUGGUCAGCCUAGUGCUCUGUUGCCCACUCACACCGUCAUCACAGCUACCCUUGCCAUGCCACUCUCCGGCACGGGACCAAUUACAUUUCCAUCAGUUACCAAGACUAGCCACCAGACUUCGAUUCCUACAGCAAUCUCCGGAGAGACCCAGUCAUCGAUAUCGCUUCCCACAACGCUGAUUACAGAUCCGACUUCGUUAUCCAAGUCCAGGCCGUCUAUGACUGGAUCUAUAGCCAAACCGACGGCUACUACCACGAUUAGACGAACAACUAAAUCGGCCACCUCAUUCAGAUCAUCGACAUCGCCUCUGACCGAUGUUUUAACAACUGAUCCAACGGGCCUGGCAUUCACCAAGACUACCGCAGCCACAGCCGAGACCAGUACCGGUACUAAUGUUCCCAAUGGCAUAGUUGGCGGGCAGGGUGAAAAGAAGGCCUCGGCACCUCUCAGCAAUGGGCAGGUAGUAGGGAUUGCCAUUGGCUGCAUUACCGGUGCAGGAUUUAUCGGCAUUGGAAUCGCAGUCUUCUGUCGAUGCCUUCGAAAAAGAAGAUCUCAAUUUGGUAGGAAGAUGAGAAAGGAUGGGCGAUUGCUGAGGGAUUCAUGGGGCCCAGAAAAGCCCAACGGCGGUGGAGGAGGCACCGACUCAUGGAUCGUGAAUCAACUCCGAGCGCCUCUUGAUCCUGGCCCUGUGCCUACUCCGACAAAAUCGUGGUAUAAUAGAGCGAGCUGGAGGCCUAGCGCCAUUGGACUGGCAAUAUCACCCUCACGUACAAGAGACGUAAAUCGAGUAACGACGCCAACAUCGGCGAGGCCACUAUCCAAACUGCUUCCAGCCAAACCUGUUAUGGGCCAGGGACCACCACGGCUAGAAGUAUCGCUCCCUAGCCGGGACGGCGACUCUCAUUUCGGUGCCGCAGCAUUCAUGGGCACGGCCGCAGCCGGUCUAGCUUCAGGAGCCGUCAUGAGCGGUGCCAUGGCUGCCUCCUCAUCGCCUAGACCUGCGGCUCUACCCAAAGUGCAGCCUAUGGCGCAGCCUGCGAAUCGUGAACCAACAACAACCACGCAAUUCGCCCAACCUCGAAGUCUUACCCCCCCUCGAAUUAUAACACCUCCUAGAAAUCUCGCAUCUCCUCGAAGCAAGCCUCAAUCGCCUUUGGCGCUGAAGCUGAUCAUUCCAAAGAAAGGGGCUUUUAAACCAUUCGUGCCCAUACCCGUCAUCAGCACCAGGCAUGAUAGUUCAACCACGGAAUUUGAAGAGGAUGGUAGGACGUCGCUCUCGCCGGGUGGCCAAAUCUGGAGGCCACCUUCAGCCGAUCCUCUCACGGCGGCUCCUUACUAUGUUGCGGAUAGGAAUGGUAACUGGAAACUUGCGGACCCGGUACGGGCUCAAGAGAUUGCAGAGCUUGAGGCCUCUAUAAGUCCAUUGACGGCUGCUCCCAGGUCUGCAGCACCCAAAUUAGUAGCUGGUCUAGGAUUAGCCACUGGAGCAGCUGAGGCUCUGGAGCUUGUAAAAGCUGCGAGUAGGCGGGAGGCAAACAGAGCAGCCGCAAAACUCAAGGCUGCUGAGCAAUCUAGGCAAGAUGGCUUGGGUAUAAUGAUUCCCCCGGAGAAAACGAUCAGAGCCGUUGAACCAUCACUUUCUUCAGACGAAGAAAUUCAAGAGCAAGAACAGGACCAACAACCAUAUGCUCCGCGGCCCCUUUUUUCAGGGAACGGUAACAAUAUCAGCUUUCCUCGCCGCCUGUCAUCCCACCGUCGGUCUUCGACCCGGUCUCUGACCCGUCCUCGAAUUACUUCUACCGAUAGUGGCGUAACCACUUUUUCGACUUCCACAGAGGACGAUACUGAGUUGAGAUCGCCGCCUGGAGCAGAGCAAUUGGGUAACCUCUCCCCUGUAGUCGAGUCUCCGCGGUCUCUACGACCUAGAAGGGGCCAAUCACCGACGCAAUACCCCAAGAUUCCAGCUAGCUUGAACGCCGCGAUCCCUUCUUCGGGAAAUCUGAAUAUUGAGAUGGCUACUUCUAAGGGCGGAAAUGCAGCAGCGCCUUCUAAGCCCGCCGCGACUGACCGUCCAGCGCAGAAAAGCCCGAGUUUUGGGGCCCCUCUUGCUGCUGGCACAAUGUCUUCCAAUGACAAUAAGUCAAAGCAACGGGGGAAGCGGCCUAUGGGAAGUGAUGCCGUAGGAGCUCCUAAUGCUAUUAGAACCGGCUCACCGAUGAUGAGAAUGGAAGGUUCAACGUCUCGAACAGAUGAAAGAUAUCUGGGACCGCGUGGCCAAGCAUCUCAGCAACCUAAUAUGUCUGCACAGCCAAACGCCUCCUCACGGCCAUACCCGCCGCAGCAGAAUCAACAAUAUCCUGCACCAGCUUAUCAAAGACCGACGGGUUCCAACAACUACCACAUGCCAUACCGGCUCCCUCCCCACCCGACUGCCUACAGGCCGAAUAUCGAUUCUUCUGGCUAUCCAUACCAGACUCGCCUCCCAGAUCUCAACCAGGGCCCUAUGACUUACAACAUGCCGUAUGCUCCUCAGCCCAAUAGAUACCCGUACCACCAUCCGCGUGAUCACCAGCCACCCUUUGCACAGCAGUCCUCUGCCCGGCCGAUUUCGCAGCUGCCGCAGCAAAGGCAACAGCCGAGCCAGCGACCACAGCAACAACCUCAACAGCAGCGGCAACAACAACAACAACAACAACAACAACAACAGCCGCGACCACAGAGGCAGCAACGGCCGCCGUCUCUAGGACGUAUGCCGCAACAGCAGCAGCAACAACAAGACUUCUACCUGCAACCCUCCGCCUCAUCAUAUUACCCAAGUGGCAUCUCCCAGGGCCCCCUCCCCACCGGCACCUCCACAACCACCACCGCAAGCACCGACUCCCAGUCAUCCUCUCUCCUCGCCAAGCGUCUCGGCACCUCCCGUGCCGCCAACAUGGCCCUCCCAGUGCCCCAAGCCACAACAGGCUCAUCUUCGCAAAACAAAUGGCAUCGCCAGGGCCAGCAGGACCAGCAGCAGCAGCCCUCUACGCCGCAAAUGCCUCCGCCGCCCCAGCAGCCCGCCGAGUUGCCCGCGACGCCCGUGUGGAAGCCCAGAUUGACUCCCACGAGGCGCGGAGAUGACUUGUACUUGAUUGCGCGGUAAAAAAAAAGCUGUUUAUCUUUUUCUUUCAUCUGUUUCUCCAAUCUGUUACACAUUACGUAUAUACCACGUUCAUUCCGCACCAUGUACACUUAUGAGGAAAAGCGGAAGAAAAAAUUGUACUCCCUGUUAAAAAAGAG